AGGCUAGCAGUAAAAUAUCGAUACUAUCGAUAGUGCCCUCGAUGGUUUGACACUUCUACCCAUCGCUCGUUCUUUCGUAAACCGGACGUUCCGACGUGCAGACAUGGCAUCGAAAGUUUCGCGUGACACGCUCUAUGAGGGCGUCAGUGGAAUUCUGGAGAAUUCGCUGAAGAAGAAGCGUGGCUUCCUCGAGACGGUGGAGUUGCAAAUCGGCCUCAAGAACUACGAUCCCCAGAAGGACAAGCGUUUCUCCGGCACUGUCAAGUUGAAGCACAUCCCACGUCCCAAGAUGAAGGUGUGCAUCCUUGGCGAUCAGCAGCAUUGCGAUGAGGCCAAGGCUAAUGGCGUUGAGUUCAUGGAUGCCGAAGCCCUGAAGAAGCUGAACAAGAACAAGAAACUUGUGAAGAAGCUGGCCAAGUCUUACGACGCGUUCCUGGCUUCCGAGUCGCUCAUCAAGCAGAUCCCACGUCUGCUGGGUCCCGGUUUGAACAAGGCCGGAAAGUUCCCUGCCCUGCUGUCGCAUCAGGAGUCGAUGAUUGGCAAGAUCGAGGAGGUCAAGUCCACCAUCAAGUUCCAGAUGAAGAAGGUUCUGUGUCUGUCGGUCGCCGUCGGACACGUUGGCAUGAAGAGCGAUGAGCUUGCCCAGAACGUCAACCUGUCGAUCAAUUUCCUGGUCUCGCUGUUGAAGAAGAACUGGCAGAAUGUGCGCUCGCUGCACAUCAAGUCCUCCAUGGGCCCACCCCAGCGUCUCUACUAGAUGUCUAUAAUUUUUAACAUCCGAUAAUAAAUGAGGAAUUACAUUUUGCUAAAUGUAUCUUAA